AGCAUUCCGGCGGGGUGUAGUUCACGGCGUAAAAGAGAGUUCCACUUCACACAGCAGUACGUUCUGAAGUCCACCGCGGAUCCCAACGAUCCGUUCGCAUUCGGAGGCUCAGAGAUCUAGAAGUGUACGGGGUGCACAGUUAACUGGGAGAAGAAGAGGAACCUUACUGUGAAGACCAUCCGUAAGGAGCAGGAGCACAAGGAGCGCGGCGCAGUGCGCACCAUUGUCUAG